UAGCCAAACUGUCAACAGUCAUUACCCAUUACUGCAAAUCCCAAAAUACGAACUCCAUUUACCUGAACAUUACCACCACCAAAGGUGCCCGUAUGUACACUCAGCCCAUCGACUCAACAAACAAGCAACUUAUCAUUUUUUAAUAAAUUAUUCGUCUUAGAAUUCACUCAAUUGUCUGCGUUGAUUUGAUCUGAACAAGCCAGACAGAGACAUGUCCAUGGCGAGGGCGAGCUCAGGCCUCGCGUAUCCGGAACGUUUCUACGCUGCAGCGUCGUACGUUGGCUUCGACGGAUCACCUAAUUCCGCCGCCAAAGGUCUCACCUCGAAGUUCUCGAACGACAGCGCUUUGCUCCUGUACGCCUUGUAUCAGCAGGCUGUAGUAGGACCUUGUAACAUUCCAAAACCUAGCUCAUGGAGUCCUGUGGAACAAAGCAAAUGGAAAAGCUGGCAAGGACUUGGAAACAUGGCUGCCACAGAGGCUAUGCGUCUCUUUGUAAAAAUAUUGGAGGAGGAAGAUCCAGGUUGGUAUUCAAGGGCAUCUAACUUUGCUGCUGAGCCUGUUGUAGAUGUGCAAAUGAAUCAUAAUUCGAAAGUUGAGCCUGUGAUGGAGAAUGGGAUUUCGUCUCUUGAGACUAAGACUGUUUCCACUGAAAAUGGGAGCCUCAUGGAAACUCAGGAUAAAGAUGUAAUCUUAGAAGGCCUUGGUUCAGUUGCUGUCUAUGAUCAAUGGAUUGCACCUCCAAUAUCUGGUCAAUGUCCCAAAGCUCGAUAUGAGCAUGGAGCUGCAAUUGUUCAAGACAAGAUGUAUAUAUAUGGUGGAAACCAUAAUGGUCGCUACCUCAAUGAUCUUCAUGUUCUGGAUUUGAGAAGUUGGACCUGGUCAAAGGUUGAGGCUAAGGCUGGGACUGAGUCAGCAAAUGCAGUGACAUUAACCCCUUGUGCUGGUCAUUCCUUGAUACCAUGGGAGAAUAAACUUCUUUCAAUUGCUGGUCAUACGAAGGAUCCUUCUGAAACAAUUCAAGUGAAGGUGUUUGAUCUACAAACUUGUUCUUGGUCAACAAUAAAGAUCUAUGGGAAGCCUCCGGUCUCUCGUGGAGGUCAAUCUGUGACCCUUUUUGGAACAAGCUUAGUGAUUUUUGGGGGUCAGGAUGCGAAGAGAUUACUCUUGAAUGAUUUACAUAUACUUGAUCUUGAAACCAUGACCUGGGAUGAAGUUGAUGCUGUGGGUGUGCCUCCUUCUCCAAGGUCUGAUCAUACUGCUGCAGUACAUGCAGAACGCUACCUUCUUAUCUUUGGUGGGGGCUCACAUGCCACUUGUUUCAAUGAUCUGCAUGUUCUUGAUUUACAAACUAUGGAGUGGUCAAGACCUACUCAACAAGGUGAGAUACCAACUGCACGGGCUGGACAUGCAGGUGUAACAAUCGGAGAAAAUUGGUUCAUUGUUGGUGGUGGUGACAAUAAGAGUGGGGUCUCAGAAACUGUUGUCCUCAAUAUGUCUACCCUUGUUUGGUCAGUCGUAACUUCUGUUCAGGGACGAGUUCCUCUUGCUAGUGAGGGCUUGAGUUUAGCUGUGAGCUCCUAUAGUGGUGAGGAUGUUCUUGUUUCUUUUGGAGGAUACAAUGGGCGUUACAACAGUGAGGUUCAUGUUCUUAAACCUAGCCACAAGUCAACUUUGCCAUCAAGGAUAAUAGAGACUCCUGUUCUUGACAGUGUUUCUGCUGUUCAUAAUGCUACAAAUGCAACCAGAGAUGUAGAGUCUGAGUCUGAAGUUGGUCAAGAAGGAAAAAUAAGAGAAAUUGUUAUGGAUAAUGUUGAAUCAGAGCUCUCGAAAUCAAAAGGUGUGCAAAGUACUGGGCAUCUUAUAGCAGCUCUUAAGGCGGAGAAAGAAGAAUUAGAAUCAUCACUGAACAAGGAGAAGUUGCAAUCUAUCCAGCUAAAUCAAGAAUUAACUGAGGCUGAGACUCGGAAUGCAGACCUUUGCAAGGAGCUUCAAUCUGUUCGCAGUCAGCUUGCUGCUGAGCAAUCAAGAUGUUUCAAAUUAGAGGUUGACGUAGCGGAACUAAGACAGAAGUUACAAACAAUGGAGACAUUGCAAAAGGAACUUGAACUCCUGCAGCGCCAAAAGGCUGCUUCAGAACAAGCGGCCUUAAAUGCAAAACAGAAGCAGGGCUCAGGAGGUGUGUGGGGAUGGCUUGCGGGAACCCCCUCUCCUGACCAAAAAGCUGAUGAUGCUUAAAAUUUUGUUGAAGCCUCGAGUUGACUAGUGAUUGCUAGAUUUGAUUUUCAUUCAUCAAUCUUUCGCAAGUAUAUUUUUUCCGUUUACCCGACCUUGUUCUUUCUCUGAAAGGAAUAAGAUAUCAAAAUGUUCUCUCGCCAGCCAAAUCAAAACACCCUCGGGGGUUUUUGGCGUGAAAUAGAUGUAGUUUUAGUUUAAAAGAAAAGUUGCAUAUGGCUGUCGAUGAAAUAUCAUUAAUUUUUUAUCGUUUUUUCCUUUUUAAGCUGAAUAUACCAUUCUGAGUGAACGUAUAGGUUUCCAUUGCUUCCCAACAAUUACAAAUGUAAUGUUAUUAUUUGCACCCAA